GGAGAAUACUUAGCAAACAUGCUUAUAGCAAUAGAAGAUGCCACCAGUUCAUCAUCACCUACUAUCCUAGAGGGUUGCUAUUGUCUUUGUCGGCUUAAUCAUUUUCUUUUAAUUUGUUUAAUAUUUGAUCAUUGGAUUCACUUCUUCAACAAGAAAUGUCAUUUUAGUAAGUUUGGCUGGACCAGGUUUUCAAUUAGAUUGGAUUCUGGCUGUUUAUGGGUAUUUGUUGGUCCAAUUUUGCUAGGGGAAGAAAUCGAAGUAGUGAAGACUAAAGACAAAUAUUGCUAUGGGAACAAACGGCAAGGAGGGAGGAUCUGGGGUAACAUAUCAAGAAAUGGUGGAAGAUGAAGCCAAGGACAUUAAGAAUGUUCCUUUAGGACCUAUACACAAACUAAUAGCAGAGAACACCAAGUCAAACAGUUUGGUUAUAAAGAAACCACAUGUGGUGAUUCCUCCUCAUAUCAUAGCAGAAGCCAUAUCAACGAUCCGUGAUAUUGACAUUAGAUGGUCAGGUCCAAUAACACAGAAAGAAAUGGAAUAUGUUGAACAGUAUGUCUUGGCAAAGUACCCUGAAUAUGCCGGCCUAAUUGAAGGGGAUGGGAAUGGUAUAGACAUGUCUAGCUUUAUUAUCAAUGAGGAGCCUUCAGAACCCUUAUCAGAUGACAGGAAGAAAUCGCCAAGAGGGACCUUUAGAGAACCUUUGUUUGGCAGUAAUCUCCCUGAAAUGGAUAAGACUCAAUUGGAGCCAUCAAGACUACUAGAUAUUCUCAACAAAAAGUCCUCCUUUCCAGGAAGUUUCAUCUCAAUCCCUGAAAUCCAAGCCCAAAACAAGGUUUUGAAGCAUUGUGGGUUGCCUGAUGAUGAAUAUCUGGUUCUCUUCACUCCAAGCUACAAGGAUGCAAUGAUGUUGGUGGGGGAAAGCUACCCUUUCGUUAAGGGAAACUACUACAUGACAAUUCUUGGUGAAGAGAAAGACUAUAUCAGGGAAUUUGCUUCUUUUAAGGAGUCCAAGGUGAUUCUGGCACCCAAGACUUGGCUGGAUUUGAGGAUAAGAGGGUCUCAGCUUAGCCAAAAUUUUAGGAGAAAGUGUAAGGUCAGCCUGAAAGGUUUAUUUGCUUAUGAAGCAGACGUGAACGGGACAAAUCAUUGGGUCUCAGAGGCUCAUAGGAACUACUGGCAUGUUCUGCUUGAUGCUUCUGCAUUGGUGCUGGGAAAGGACAGGCUACAUCUUGGUCUUCACAGGCCUGACUUCUUAGUCUGUUGUCUUCAUAGCACUCACUCCAAUCCUUCAAGAAUCACUUGCCUCUUGGUGAGAACGAAAUCUUUUGGCACCUCCACUGCUUCUUCUCAGGUCAAUGGCUGAGUGAGAAUGAAUACAUGUCUGAUACUCAGACAAAAUUUGAACUGCAAUGUCUUAACCUGUAUCAUGAACUCUCAGUUUAACAGUGAAAUAUCCUGGCGUACUUUGUAGAUUGAAUAAAACUUUUAACACAAUCAUAGAAAAAACCACUUAUUACUGGUUUAGAUGUAAUAUCGGUAUAUGUACUCGGGAUUCCUGAUCAUUUGGGUGGUUUACAUUUACCAGUUGUUGAUACUGUCAUCCAUGCUUGGUUUUUGUGGCUAAACGAUUUCUCCAUCACAGUUAAUCUGUUUUAAA